AUGUGUAGAAGAGCGGUUAGGGUAAGAUCUCAGCUAAGAUCUCACAAGAGGUUUGCGGAUGCGUUUCUUACCUAUUGCAACUUAGUUGACAAUGCCAGGCUUUACUGCACCAAUGCUCUUGAAGGUUCUCCAAAGCUGAUAGGAUGGAAAGAAAAGGAAAAGACAUUGCUAGUGGAUCCAGAGGAGAUAGACUGUUUGAAGAAUGUAGGAAGGUUAAACGAGAAUGCGGAAUCUAUUUAUGAGCUCUACAAUAGACCAAACCCUGCUUGUGAAGCUGGAUCGAUAUGGAAAGACAUUGUUCUUUCUCCUUCAAGGUUCAAUAUUCAACAGGAGCUCAAAUACUCAAUUCAGAAAGUGGAAAGAUUGAAACAGUAUCUCCAAGAAACACCAAGGUCAGAGAGAGGAAGAUAG